AUGUCAACCGCGGGCGCAACACAGAGCCCCGAGGCUCAAAUGAGGAGACGCUGCGGAGGUUAUCUUCCUAUCGAGAACUAUGGCCUGAUUGGCAACAUGAGAACAUGCGCCCUCGUGGGCAUGGACGGCAGUGUGGACUUUAUGUGCUGGCCUGAAUUUGAUUCACCUUCCGUCUUCUGCCGUUUGCUGGACAAGGACAAAGGAGGCUACUUCAUCAUACACCCUGCUGCCCAUCUCGGAUGCACAACCAAGCAGCAGUACCUGCCCUCUUCGAACAUCCUUCAAACCAGGUAUAUCCAUGAGGAUGGUGUCGUUGAUCUUGUCGAUUUCUUCCCCAGGCCCAGGACCACCCAGACUGUCAUCAAAGGACUGAAGACGAGUGCCUAUCGUGAGAUGACAAGCGUUCAGGAGGAGCUGAAGAAAUGGCUGGUCCGCCGUGUUGAAUGUAUCCGCGGAAAGUUCUCUUUGGAGGUCGAAAUCUUCCCUGCGUUUGAGUAUGCCACAGCGCCGCAUACCACCACGAUUCUGCAGGAAGAAAACGUUUCCUUUGCUACUGAGAGCAAGACUGUGACGUUUCACAGCAAGGAUGUCAAGCUCCAGCUUGAUGUCAGCAUUGAUAGAGGAGAGGAGGAGUAUCAUAGCUAUCCAACCGUCCACUUCAAGAAGGUGAAGAAGCCCGGCAUGCUUGGUGAAGGUGUUGUUGCCAGUAUCGAUCUGUUGGAAGGCCAAGCCGUUUCGUUCAUUCUUCGCAACGACAUCCCCAAUCACGUCACGGAGCAGAUCACAAACUUGGUUCUGGACACUCAGCAGCACGGUACCCAGACCUACUGGUACAACUGGAUCUCAAAGUGCAAGUACAAGGGCCGUUGGCGCGAGGUUGUUCAAAGGAGCUUCAUGAUUCUGAAGCUCAUGACAUACGAACCGACCGGAGCCAUCAUCGCUGCUCCAACCUUCUCCAUUCCCGAAGAUAUUGGCGGUGUCCGCAACUGGGACUAUCGGUUCUCAUGGGUCCGCGACGCCUCCUUCACCAUCUACAUCCUCCUCCGGCUCGGCUUCACCGAGGAGGCCGAUGCGUACAUGAAGUUCAUCAGCGACCAGUUCUGCAGAUCGCGCGUGGCCGACGGCGGCUUACCCAUCAUGUUCACGAUCCGGGGCGAGACGGACAUUCCCGAGCGCGAGCUGACGCACCUGGACGGGUACCGGGGCAGCAAGCCGGUGCGAGUCGGCAACGGGGCGGCCUCCCACCAGCAGUUCGACAUCUACGGCGAGCUCAUGGACGGCAUCUACCUGUACAACAAGUACGGCAAGCCGAUCCACUGGGACCUGUGGUGCUCGAUCCGCGAGAUGCUCGACUACGUGCUCACCAUCCUCAGCGACCCGGACAUGUCCAUCUGGGAGGUGCGCAACAACAAGCAGCACUUUACCUACUCCAAGAUCAUGCUGUGGGUCGCCUUUGACCGCGGCUUGCGCCUGUCCGAGAAGAGGAAUUUCCCUUGCCCUAACCGGGCCAAGUGGCUCGUGGCUAGGGACUCGUUGUACGAGGAGAUCAUGGAGAAGUCGUAUAACAAGGAGAUGAAGUGCUUCGUGCAGAGCUACGAGAACCAGACGAUCCUGGACUCGUCCAUCCUCAUCGCGCCGCUCGUGUUCUUUAUUGCACCCAACGACCCGCGGUUCUUGAACACCAUGGACCGCAUCAUGUUGCCCCCCGACAAGGGUGGGUUGACCAGCACCGGCCUGGUAUACCGUUAUGACACGGAGCAAUCAGAAGACGGCGUCGGAGGUCGCGAAGGCGCCUUCUCCAUGUGCACCUUCUGGCUCGUCGAAGCCUUGACGCGCGCCAGCGUCUACGAGCCCAAGUACCUGGUGCGGGCCAUCAACCUGUUCGAGAACAUGCUCAGCUUCUCGAACCACCUGAUGAUGUUUUCCGAGGAGAUCUCGCGCAGCGGCGAGCAGCUGGGCAACACGCCGCAGGCUUUCAGCCACUUGGCGCUCAUCAGCGCCGCUUUUAACCUUGACCGUGUAAGCGAGUUCAAGCGAUGA